AUGUCGCGGCUGCUUUUUUGGGCAUUCUCGACCGUUGGCCUUUGGGCGAGUUUUUGGCGUUGCCGAGCGAUACUGCUGUACCCCGAGAAUACCUUGUUUCAGUUUACUCUGGGUAUCUCGAUGCCGGUGGCGAUGACGAAGAGGGGCGGCAUCGCCUUCUCCGCGGGAUUUCAGCUCAACUACGCCCUGCCGUGGAACUUGACGCAAUUCGAACCGACGAUAAUUCCCGCGAGACACGUCAGGGAUCUCGAUUUGCAGGGAACUUACGUCGCCAUUGAGAACCUCUUGGACGAACACGGUUGGCAGGACGGCAGGCAGUGCCUUUUGAGGACCAUCUGCGAACUGGCAGAGACACCGCUCCGCAGGACCCAGCGGGACGUCCUCGGGGAAGUGAUCCACCUAAUUUUAACGCCCACGGAGGACUUGCCGGUAGCGAUUAAUUCCAGUCACCAGAGCGCCAACAAAUUGUAUCAGGAAGCCGAACGACUGGCUCUGUUCUUCAGCUCGCAAUGGCGAGAAUGGUGUUCCUGCUCAGUUUUCUCACGUUGUGCUGUUGGAGAAGCGCGAGUUCCGCGUCGAGAUCGGGCAGGCAGAUACUGUACCCGCCGCCGAUCGUCUACCCAUUCGGAGGAACAUUCAAGAAGGGGAAUAGAUGGAAGAGAAUGCUUGAAAAAGAGCAUAUGCGAAGCAGCAACGACGCCUUUAGCGGACGAAGGACUCGUGGGAGAAUUGUUGCAUCUCUUGCUUACGCCUCGAAAAAGUGAUACAGCUUCCGACUCCGAGUAUUUACAGGCGCUGGAAUUUGGACGAGACUAUCACGAUUGCUCACGGAUCUACAAAUCGUGUCUGCCUGGUCAAGGAAUUCUAGAUCAAAUCUCAAAACUAACAUAA